GCCCACCGUGCAGCUCCAUCGCGUGGUCUUCUCUGGCUUCCAUAUUGCAGCGGUGAUCUCGGGAGGCUGCCCGGUUACUAAACGCCGACCUACCCCGCGUUACUAGCCGGCCUCGCCUUCUGUCUGCGGAGCUCGGUCACAGGGGAGCCAGGGCCGGACACCUUGUCCCCACGGGGGGGACCGGGACAUGGCUACCCAGGUGGAGGCUCCGCUGCUGCCCGCGAACCCGCUGCCGCCCCUGCAGCAGCAUCCCCAGCAGGAGGAGGAGGUAGUGGCGGACGGGGUCAAGCUGGCCAAGGAGGAGGUUGUGUGCCAGGAGGGCGAGGAAGGCCGCAGGGAGUUCGUGGAGGCUCCCCUCCCUAAGGUGAACCCCUGGAUCAAGUCAAGCGGAGGCCAUGGCGGGCCGGUGAAUGGACAGCUACCGCUAGAGACACCAGUUCCUGCCAAAGUCGUGAAAGCUGGGAUUCCAAGGACGAGAAGGGGCAGCAAGGUUGGGGAUUUUGGUGAUGCCACCAAUUGGCCUACCCCUGGGGAAAUUGCCCACAAGAGUGUCCAGGAACCUGGCCACAGUAGCCUGGCAAGGCAUGGGGAGGUUUUGGAUUUCACCAGCUCUUUGAGGACACAGCCACCUUCCAAAAUACAGUUGAACCGGAAAGCUUUUGGAAAGAGAGACAUGAAAGAAGAAAGUGCAGAUGGGAAGGAGAAUCAGAGGGUGAAAUCGGAUGAGUCAAGUGAAGAGAAGAAUGGAGAUGACGAUGGGCAGAGAUCAUCUCAUAAAAAGAAAGGUAACAAACACAAGUGGGUCCCACUUCAGAUUGAAAUGAAACCCGAGGGACCUAGAGACAAAACAGCUUCUCGAAACAACCGCCAGAAUGAACAACAGCGCCAUACAUUUACCCGCAGUGACCCCAAAGCCUGGUAUCCGGAUAAUAAGCAUGAGCGGGACUGGCCUGACUAUGAUGACACUUCCAGUGUGAAGAGUGAAGGAGCAGUCCGUGGUGGUUUCAGGGGAAGGGGACGUGGCAGAGGACGGGGCAGGGGACGCGGUAGAGGUGGUUCUCGAUCUCAUUUUGACUAUCCUUAUGGAUACAGGAAAUUUGAUGUUACAGAUGGGUCACGUGGCCCAAAAUACCCUAGUAAUAUAACUUAUUACUACGACAACAUGAGCAGUUCAGAGCUUUACAGUGUGGACCAGGAGCUGCUCAAGGAUUACAUCAAAAGGCAGAUAGAAUAUUAUUUCAGCAUUGACAACCUUCAGAGGGACUUCUAUCUGCGACAGAAGAUGGAUUCGGAAGGCUUUCUGCCCAUUGGGUUGAUUGCUAGUUUCCAUAGAGUUCAAGCUCUUACCACGGACAUUGGGUUGAUUGUCAAGGCAUUAAAGGACAGCAAAGUGGUGGAGAUAAUUGAUGAGAAGAUUAGGCGGAAGGACGAUCCUGAUACAUGGCCGCUGCCACCCCAGCCUGCAACUGACUUCUCACAACUUAUUAACUGUCCUGAGUUUGUGCCCAGGCAAGGAUACCAGAAAGAAACAGAAUCUGCACCUGGAUCUCCACGUACCUCCAGCCAAAAUCUGACGCCAAAAUCUGAGGAAGUCAGCAACUUAAAGACUAUGCCCAAAGGUCUCUCAGCAAGUCUGCCAGACUUGGAUUCUGAAACUUGGAUAGAAGUCAAGAAACGGCCACGGCCCUCCCCAGCCAGAAUAAAGAAGCCAGAGGAAGUGAAGGUCAUCCAAUCAACUACACCUACAGCCGUGACUCCCCCUAAGGCACCAAAGGAGCAGGAUGAACCAGAAGAGCUAGACUUUAUGUUCGAUGAAGAAAUGGAGCAGAUGGACGGCCGAAAAAAUACCUUUACUGACUGGUCAGAUGAGGACUCGGACUAUGAAAUUGAUGACAGGGACGUGAACAAGAUCCUUAUUGUCACACAGACCCCACCCUCUCUUCGCAAGCAUCCGGGAGGAGACCGCACCGGUAAUCACACCUCUCGCGCCAAGAUGAGCUCCGAAUUUGCCAAAGUGAUCAACGAUGGCCUGUAUUAUUAUGAGCAGGAUCUGUGGACGGAGACGUUUGAGCCAGAAUAUUCUCAAAUCAAGCUUGAGGUAGAGAACUUUAAAAAAGUGAAUAUGAUCAGCCGUGAGCAGUUUGACACUUUAACCCCAGAACCCCCUGUGGAUCCCAACCAAGAGGUUCCACCAGGACCCCCAAGAUUCCAACAGGUUCCCACAGAUGCGUUAGCUAACAAGUUAUUUGGUGCUCCUGAACCUUCCACUAUUGCCCGUUCCCUCCCAACCACUGUUCCAGAAUCUCCAAAUUACCGCAGUGCUCGGACACCACGCACCCCCCGCACACCUAGAUUGAAAGAUCCAACUGUAACACCUCGCUUUUACCCAGUGGUGAAGGAGGGACGAACGAUCGAUGCCAAGACGCCGAGAAAAAGAAAAACCCGUCACAGCUCAAAUCCUCCCAUGGAAUGCCAUGUGGGGUGGGUGAUGGACUCCAGGGAACACAGACCUCGAACUGCCUCAGUAAGCUCCAAUGCCAGCCCGUCAGAAGGAGCCCCUGCCUUGAGCAAUUUUGGAUGUACCCCUCAAUCUCUGCCAAAGUUCCAGCAUCCUUCUCAUGAACUACUGAAGGAGAAUGGAUUUACUCAACAUGUUUACCACAAGUACCGCCGACGUUGCCUUAAUGAGAGGAAACGGCUAGGCAUCGGCCAGUCACAGGAAAUGAACACUCUCUUCCGCUUUUGGUCAUUCUUCCUAAGAGAUCAUUUCAAUAAGAAAAUGUAUGAGGAGUUCAAGCAACUGGCCGUGGAAGAUGGCAAGGAGGGCUACAGGUACGGGUUGGAGUGCCUUUUCAGAUAUUACAGCUACGGUCUAGAGAGGAAGUUCCGGGUGGACAUUUUCAGGGAUUUCCAGGAAGAGACAAGGAGGGACUAUGAAUCCGGUCAACUGUAUGGACUGGAGAAAUUUUGGGCCUUCCUAAAAUAUUCCAAAGCCAAAACCCUGGAUAUUGAUCCUAAAUUGCAGGAAUAUCUGAGCAAGUUCCGAAGGCUGGAGGAUUUCAGGGUGGAUCCACCAAUGGGAGAUGAAGGAGGUUCACGCCACCGCCGCCAUUCAACAGGAGAGGGUCGACGAAGAUAUCCAUCACAGUCUUCCAGUAGAGGAUCCGGUCACCAGUCCCAGAGUUCAUCCCAUAAUCCAACACGGGAAGAUGCCAGAGCCCAAAACCAUCCCACUGCUGCCACAUUGGAUUCCCAAACUUCAGGAGGGAGAAAAUAAGCAAAGCAGAAUUGGAAAGAGUCAAGAGGGACCUGAGGGGGGGAACUUCAGGGACGUUUCUUGGACAUAAUAAGGGUGGAGGUGUGUGUAGAGUGUUUACAGCCGAGUGGAUCCUUUCCUCUCCCCCUUAAGUUCCACCAGGAAAUAUUUCAGCAAACAUCAGAGACUCCAUGUUCUGGAGAGGAAUGACUGUUCCCAUAUCCUUUCUGCGAAGGGUGGCGGCUGCUAACCCUAGAAAGGAAGAUAAUCUUAGUUUGAUUAGGGUUAUUGAAAUUUUAGUUUCAUUUUAGCAGAAACCAGAAGGAAAUGGCCUAUUGGGAGGAAGUGAUUUUUUUUUUUUUUGUAUUUUUAAAUUAUUCUCUGCCCUUCUUCCUCCUUUUAUGGAUAAAUAAGGAGUGUGGAACUCAACUCUGCUCCUAAGAUUGCUGAACGCAGACAGCAGAGCUUUGCUGUUACAAAUUUGGAAGGCAAAAAGGGGCCAUUUAAUCUUUCUUUGGAAAAUAUUCAAACCUAUCUGUUUUGAAGCCAUUGCUUUUCUGACUGAGUUGGCACAACGCCACCUCUUGGGAAGUGGCCUUCAGAUGAUUCCUUUUGCAGGAUACACAUGGCAAAUUAGCAGUUGUCCAGUAGGUGUCUCUUUUCCCUCUGGUUUCCCUUCAAAGUCUUUUAGACCCCUGGCCCCACUGCUUACUGCUUCAAAAGAGCCCUGCGUUAAUUUUAUUUCUUUUCAAAGAUAUAUAUAUUUUUAUUUGGGGUUUUGUUUUUUUGUUGUUACUUCAGACUGUGAAAGAGAAAACUACAAAAACAACAAAAAAAAAAACUAAAUAGCAAUGGACUACAUAAAAAAAAAAAAAAACUUUUAAAAAGAGACUGCCUUUAUGUUCUUAUUCCCUUAUUCAAAAUUAUAUUAAGCGAUGAGGAAAAAACAAAGAUUACAAAGAGUUGCCUUAUUGUAACCUUGAAACUUGCAGAGAGCUGCCAUUUUGGAUGAAAGCGGCAACCAAUCAAAAGCAAGAACUGCAGACUAAUGAAACAAAGUGGCUCUGAACGCUGUGCUCAGUUAAUUGUAGGUGCCGUUUACUCUCUGGGAGAAGACUAAGCUUUGCUAGCCCAUGGAAUAAUUACUCAGUCUUGACAACAUUGUUUGCCACUGAAUACAAGACAACAUUUUUUUUUUGUUUGUUUUGUGGGAAGGGGCGAUGAUUGAAUUAAAAGGAUCAGGUAUAUAUCAAUCCAAUGGUUGGUUGCAUUGCAUCUGCUGUGUCACUUUAAGGCAUUUUCUGGGCUUGAUUCCACCAAAGGUUAGAAAAAGAAAG